GCUUCUCGCAUCACCUGCAAAGCGUGAGAGAGAGAAGAGCGCAGAAGAAGAAGGGAAAGCAAGAAGCAGAGAGAGAUGGGAGGUGUAGGAGGAGGAGGAAUGGGGAAAUGCAGCAAGAUCCGGCACAUAGUUCGGCUGCGGCAGAUGCUGCGGCGGUGGAGGCUGAGGGCGGCGGCGCUGUCGUCGUUGAGGAGGGGCGGGGGGGCCGGGGCGGCACCGGACGUGCCGGCGGGGCACGUGGCGGUGUGCGUGGGGAGCAGCUCCCGGCGGUUCGUGGUGCGGGCGUCGCACCUCAACCACCCUGUCUUCCGACAGCUGCUCCGCCAGGCCGAGGAGGAGUACGGCUUUCCUUCCAGCCCCGGCCCCGUCUCCCUACCCUGCGACGAGUCCCUCUUCGAGGACGUCCUCCGCCUCAUCUCUUCCUCUCCCGCGAGGUUCGCCAACUACACUCUGGACGACCUCAUAAACCUCUCCCACAACAUCCCUUCGUCCUCCUCCUCCUGUUGCUGCGACGUCGGACGGUGGCUGCACGCUCCCGAUUCGCUGCCGCUUCUCCACGGCCACCACCGCCUCGCCGAGAAGCCCGUCUGGUGACCGACUGCACAGCGUGCAGUGUGCAGUGUGCAGGAGGAGGAGGAGGAGGUGGAAAGCUUCCCAUCUCCCUGAACGAGAAAUAAAACUCAAUUCAUUGUUGUCGGUUGCAUCAUUCUACGCCAUUUUUGUGUGUAAUACGAGUGAGAUCAUUGCAAUGAUCAAAAGGAGAGAUGGCGACGAAGCGGCUCAGCCGAGUCAUCCCGAAUCGGAUCACGCACUGCAUGCAUGCAGAGCAUCCAUCGACAACAAGGCCGAGUCUUUUCUUCCUUUUUCUUUUCUUCUCACACAACUCAUCAGAAGGAUUGCAGCAUUCUUCAUUCUUCGUUCUCUCUCUCUCUCUCUCUCUGUGUCAUGUAAAUAGUAUUGUGAUUAAUUAAUCGUCACCUUGGCAUUCAACAGC